CCCUCAACCCACUCAGACCCGCCCCUCCACUGGGAGCAACACCCUCCGCACACACGGCUCCGCCCCUUCGCCGGGAACCACGCCAUACAGCCCCGCCCCAAGCGCCAGUUGCCAGACUUGCUAUUCACUGAAAAAGCCAAGCCUUCAGUCAUUUGGUGCAGUCUCUCUUAGUCAAUAUGAGUAACAUUCGGAUAUUUGUGGAGUGUACUCUGGCUAUCAUCAAACCAGACGCUGUUGACAAAGAAACUGAAAUCGAAGAAAUUAUCCUUCGGGCUGGGUUCAGCAUAUUGCAGAGAAGGAAAAUACAGUUGAGCCCAGAGCAGGCCAGUGAGUUCUACGCUGUUCACAGCGGGAAAAUGUUCUAUCCCAGCCUGACAGCACACCUCUGCUCAGGCCCUUUGGUUGCAAUGAUACUGGCCCGACACUCUGCAAUCAAACAGUGGAAUGAGCUGCUUGGACCCGUCGACAGUGAGAAGGCGAAGGAAACGCAUCCCAAAAGUUUAAGGGCAAUCUAUGGAACCAAUAAAAUUAAGAAUGCCUUGCACGGCAGUGGCUGUUUCAACACGGCAGAAAGGGAGAUUAACUUCAUGUUCCCAAAUGUCACCAUUGAGCCCUUUCCUGACGGCCAAGCUGCUGAAGAUUACCUCAGCAAAUACGUCAACCCCACCCUGCUGAUCGGCCUCACAGAGAUGUGCAAGGAGAAACCCUCCAGGCCCAUUGGAGGGAAGGGGAGAGGGAAGGGAAUUGGGAAGGGUAGUGGGAGGGAGGGAAAGGGAGCUGAUGUGAGCAGGACAGUCUGA